GUGAACGUACGAUUUUCAGGUAGACAAAAAUACGCAGGGCGUUACGUCGUUACAGACCUUAAUCUAUGUUUUUAAAAUUCUUAACAGAAAUGAAGAGCUAUCAGUACGGAAUAUAAUUUUUAUCACUUUAAAAUUAAACAUCCCAAUAUGUUAUUUAAGUUAACUAUAAAUUCUGAAAUAAUUUCUUUGGUUCAGAGAACCCUUCAGAAUGAGUGUUGUUCAUCCGGAGUGGAAGAGUACACCGUGUGGAAGAGUUUUCCAUCUGAGAACGGCACCCAGAGCCUGAAGCCGGUGGCACUCUGGGCUGAUGAUGCGGGUGGGCUCAUCAGGAUGGAACCCAUUGAUCUACAGACAAUCACAAUUAGGAUAGCAGUCUUACAGUAUCAGCCUUUCAUAGCCCUGAAUAUAAGCGAUGAUGGAGAAAUUGAAUUGGAAGAUUGUGUUCUCAAAGAAAUACUUCAAUAUGUCAGUGGAAGGCUCAAAUUCAAAUAUCGCUUGGUAUUAGCUCCAUCGAAUGAUUGGGGGACCAAAGUAGAUAAAGUAUGGAGGGGAGCCAUUGGAAUGGUCAUCAGAGGAGAGGCUGACGCCAUUCCUUACCUGACCGUAACGCCGAACCGCUUCGAAGUCAUCGAGUACACAAAGCCACUGUCCUCCGUCUAUUAUGGUUUACUGAUAGCUUUUCCAGAAGAACCUCCGAGAGUUCUCAUCUUUCUCCGGCUCUAUGCCAAGGAAGUUUGGCUUUUAUUAGUGGGUGUUGGAUUGUUGCUCAGCAUUCUGUUGAGCUGGAUGCAAAAAACAGAUACAACAGCCAGGGAAUCUAGAAUUCUCUCCUCAUUCUCGAGGUGCUCCUGGGUCAUCUUUGGUGCUCUCUUACAACAAGGUAGUACGUGCCUUCCUGUGACAACAUCUGGACGUGUUCUGAUGUCCACUUGGUGGCUGGCAGUCUUGAUCCUUACUACCACUUACAGUGCCAACCUGAUUGCUGUACUCGCAUUUCCCGGCAUCAAGUUUGUCGUGAAAUCUCUGGAGGACAUGGUCAACCACGACUCCAUUAAACUCGUCAUCAAGGAAGGCUGUCCUGUGCUUGAAGAUUUACAGGAAUCCGACAUAGAGUUGUACGAGAGAGUUAGGAAAACAUUUCUGGAGAAUCCCCGGAGGAGCAAGAUAAUGGAUACUGUGGAGGAGCGGUGUUGUGCCAUCGACGAUGUCAUUGCCAAGAAGAGUGUCUACAUAGAUGAUUACAACUAUCUGCAGUGGAUGGUGGAUGAGGAUUACAAGAAGGAGAAUCGGUGUCGAAUCACCAUACCCCCUUACGAGUUUUCUAGAAUGGAUCUGGCUGUUGGACUGCGGCGGGGAUCUUUCCUCUUACCUUUACUCAACCAAGAGAUCCAGUUGAUGAAAGAGAAUGGUGUCCUGGAUCACUGGUACAGCAAGUACACGCCCAACAGAGAGGAAUGUUAUCAAAUGGAACAAGUACUUCCGGGGCAGAGGGAGGUGAGGGUGGAAGAUUUACAGGGACCCUUCUUCCUCCUCCUCUUCAGUUUCAUUGCCGGUCUCCUGACGCUCAUAGCAGAGACACUCUACAAGAAGUACUCGGCCAGAUGCAAGAGACAAAUAUCUGACCGUUACUCUCAGAGUUUCAGAAAUACCAAUCCAUUCUGACCAAACACAUUCCUAUACAGUGCUUCAAGACUAAAUUAUUCCUUUUACGCAGAUUAUUGAAAUAAAAGCACUAUUCAAUAGGAAAUGAUUACACUACAGAAGAGAGUGAAUGAAAUUUCUAAAAGGAACAUUUCUGAAAAAUUGAUUUUUGGAUAAAUAUUCUAUCUUAGUCUCAUUUAAUCAUACAGCAUUGAUUUAUGAUACACCGAGUCUUUAAAUUUUGUAUACAUUAGUAGAGGAAGGUUCCAAAUGCAAGUGGCAUCAAAAGAGUUACCAUAAAAACCUGCUUUUCAGCUACAAGUUAAAGUGCAAACAUUAUGACACGAGCAGUUAAAAUGAGUGUUAAGAAUUUACCGUUAUCGCUAAAUGUAAACAUGUGUAUAAGAAAGAAGGAAAUUAAAUACGAACACUAUAUCACGAGCAAACUAAACUUUUUCCACCAAGCUAAACUGCGAACGCUAUGACGGGAACAGUUGUAGACUUAUAGAUUUAAUCAACUAUGCGGCAAGAAAUAGAGCUAAAUCAUAGUCUUUAUUUCCUAUUUUCAAAGUUUGAUCUUUAAAACUAAUUUAUUUAAAUUCACAUAAGUAUCACUUCAUCUUCGCAACUUUUCAAGUAUUAAAAAAAUAUCUUUCAGAGUUCCAAAAAGUGCUUUUGUCCAUAUCGGUCAAAUGCAAACUUGAUUUGUUUCGCUGAACAUUCUUCAUUCUAAAUCUCCUGCGUCAACCAUCAACAAAGUUGAAGGUAGAUGAAGGAGACAAGUAAUAUGAAAAUAGUUUAGAAAUUAUUGAGUAUAAGGUCUUUCAUAAUACUGAUUGUAAUAAAGCUCUUUCAUUGUGA